UCACCGGACAGACACUAGUUUACCUUCUUCAGGCACGUAGUCAUGUCUCCCACGAUCAAAAGCCUGAUUUUACACUAGUGUCAGCCUCUGACGACGAGAUUCAGGAGGAACAGUCACCCACUGCUACAAGAGACCUAUAUUGUGUCCGUUAAGCAAAGACGAAAACUGAAUGACAUACUUUUCGGAAAGAUGAAUUAACGACUAUAAAUGGGAGUGGUUAUCUACAGCGAAAUCCAAAAAAGUAAACCGCAGCGGUAUUGCAUGUGGUCAAGUAAACCAGAACGUGUCAAUAAGUACACUAGGUAUCACAAAGUAUACAAAAUAGUGAAAAUAGUCAACGUUCAGAGAGAUUUCCGGUUUAUGUCGAGUGAACAGAGACCUUCGACUUCAGAAGCGAGCGGAGCAGUAGACGACCCAUUAUAUUGACAUACAGUGUUUCUUCUUCGUAGAAAAGUUCACGCAGGCUUACUUAUAUACAUAAUUUUCAUCAGCAAAAUAAUAAUAAAGAUGAUGCACAAUAGUAAAUCUGACUGCAGUUUAUUGUACGAUCGCCAUCAGCCACAGUCUACGUCAUAUGAUGAGUUUGGAAGUGGCGCGAAUGUUCCUGAUAGCGCCACAAGAACAAAUAGAUCUCCGAAUUCACCUUUAGAAACGACCGGAGGACACACGGGGGACAAGGCUCUGAGACUAGCAAGAGAAUAUGGCAUUAAUGUAUCUAAACCAAAGUACCAGCAGUAUGCUGUAAAAGCUACACGUCUCAAAACUUUCGAAAACUGGCCUUCUUUUUUCAUUCAAAAGCCAGAUGAUUUGGUAGACGCUGGAUUCUUUUACUCGGGAAAGGGUGAUGCUGUUUUUUGCUUCUUCUGCGGUCUGGGUUUACAAGAAUGGGAGGAAGGGGACACACCGUGGGGAGAGCAUGCGCGAUGGUCCCCUGAAUGUGUCUUUGUAAUAAAUGUCAAAGGACGUGACUUUAUCGAAAUAGAGAGACUGCGAAACACAAACCCAGCUGAGUAUCUUGCAAGAAGGGAAUCGUGCAUGAUAGAGGACAAAACUAAAGGAAAGUCUGAAAUUGAUACUAUGAACAGUCCAGCAAUUCAGAGCUUGCUUCAGAAUGGGUACGGAGAAUCAUUAGUUAAACAAGCAGUUACAAUUUUCCAGAAACGAAAUCGAGGCAAAUCGUUUUCGGCGAAGGAGCUUUUGGAAAUAAUAUUUGAUAUUGAAGACAACAAUAUUCCGUUUGAAGAAUCAGAGAAGAAAGAUGACCCAGUUGUUCAAACAGACAACCUUGUCAUAAAAGAAAAUGAAGAACUCCGGAAGUCAACGUACUGCCGGAAGUGUUCGACUAGUUUUGCGUCAGUUGUCUUUCUUCCUUGUGGACAUUUGUGUACUUGCUCAGAUUGUGCGCCAUCUAUUAAGCAUUGUUUGUUGUGUAAUCAGUUCAUUAAGGGCACAGUCCGCACCUAUCUGGCUUAGUAUAUAAACAUUUAUAUAAGAGUGCUGCUUUUAUGCAUAUCAAAACUUUUCUCAUAGAAGUAUGAUUUAAAGAAUAAUGAAGCUAACUUUCUGAAACUAUCAGCGUUUACAUUUUUUGUUUACAGUGAAUUUCUAAUUUUUUUCAAUUAAAAAAAAAACAACUAUACAAAUGAGUUAUACAGGAAAUUGUACAACGGAUAGUGUUUAUGUACUGUCAUACACUGUAUGAAUAUUACAGAUAGUGUUUAUGUACUCUCAAUUAACUGUAUUAUAGAUAAUAGUGAUUAUACACUUUCUAAAACACUGUACAAAAGAAACUAAGUAUAUAAUGCCAUCUACAAAAUUGUUGUUUAUUUCUUGAAAUGUAAUA